GUCAAAAAUCCCCAAUUACAACUUUUCCCGCUACAUCUGCGAAAAUCGUCUAAAGAAACCCCCCCUCCAUCGUCGCGGCGAAAUUAGGGUUUAGAUAUUGUCCUUCCGAUCAGAUUGGAGGAAGAAGCGGAAAUGGGUAUUCAAGGGCUUCUGCCAUUGCUGAAAUCGAUUAUGGCUCCGGUACAUAUCCACGACCUCGAGGGUUGUACCGUCGCCGUUGAUACCUAUUCAUGGCUUCACAAAGGCGCUCUCUCUUGCAGCCGAGACCUCUGCAAGGGAUUGCCAACCACCAGGCAUAUUCAGUACUGUAUGCAUAGAGUGAAUUUACUCCGCCACCAUGGAGUGAAGCCUCUUCUUGUCUUCGAUGGAGGUCCGCUUCCUAUGAAACUAGAACAAGAGAAUAAGCGUGCUAGGUCCAGAAAGGAAAAUCUUGCACGUGCAUUAGAGCAUGAAGCAAAUGGAAAUUCAUCAGCUGCUUAUGAGUGCUAUCAAAAGGCUGUUGACAUUUCACCUUCUAUUGCACAUGAGUUGAUACAGGUUCUGAGGCACGAGAAUGUCGAUUACGUUGUUGCUCCUUACGAAGCUGAUGCCCAGAUGACUUUUUUGGCUAUUACUAAGCAAGUUGAUGCGAUUAUCACCGAGGAUUCUGAUCUUAUUCCUUUUGGCUGCCCAAGAAUCAUCUUUAAAAUGGACAAGUUUGGUCAUGGUGUUGAGUUUCAAGCCUCCAACCUGCCCAGAAAUAAAGAGCUCAGCCUGUCUGGAUUUUCAAGCCAGAUGCUUCUCGAAAUGUGCAUAUUGAGUGGCUGUGAUUAUUUGCAGUCACUUCCAGGAAUGGGACUCAAAAGAGCUCAUACACUCAUUACAAAGUUCAAAAGCUAUGAUAGGGUAAUCAAGCACUUAAAGUACAGCACAGUUUCAGUUCCUCCUCUUUAUGAAGAAUCAUUCAAGAAAGCUAUGCUUACUUUCAAGCAUCAACGGGUCUAUGACCCCAAAUCUGAAGACGUUGUACACUUGUCUGGCAUUUCUGAAGACAUUGGCGGAGAUUCAGACUUUGUAGGCCCAUCGAUGCCACAACAUAUUGCUAAGGGUAUAGCACUGGGGCAGCUUGAUCCAUUUACGCAGUUGCCUUUCCAGGCUGAGGGUGUCACUCCUAAGUUGGUUGUUGAUGCUAUUUCCCGCCCCAGAAGUUUCAAACCUGAAAACCUGAAGAAAAAGCUUGAGUUGCCAGUCCAGAAAAACCUUCUCACCAAAUAUUUCUGCUUUGCAUCUCUUGAGGCAAAAAGAAAGUUCAAGGCUCCGAGGAUAUCACCAAUGUCUCUGACGCCAACAGAGGAGUCUCCAAGCACUACUGAGGACAAUUCAACAGAUGUGGAUGCUCCUUCGAGUCAGACAACAAAUGAAUCCCCGGUUUACAGCUUGGGGGAGAAUGCUGGCAAAGUUGCAGAGAAAAGAGAAUCACCCGACUAUGAUGCGGUGGAAAGGAAUUACAAGGACCUUGAUCAUAAGUACGUUUACCAGCACGUGGAGAGGCAGAAGAAGACGAAGACGGAUGUUGUAGUAAGAAGCAAAUAUUUCAAGCAGAAGCAGGAUGACAAAAGUCUUAAAGAAUCUCUCCCAUGUCUCAAUGAUUGCUCUGUGAUCGGCCAGAGAAAGACUGUUAAUACUGUGAUAAACAAGUCAAGCGCAUCUAAGAUAGAAGAGAGUGACAGAGCUAUAUCAGCAAGUUCAUGUGAGCGUAUCUACAACGAUCAUGAAGUUGCCAAAGAAGCGAGUAUCUUUGCCAUGAACGAGGUGGCUGAGAGAACAACAAACAGACACGAGAUAGACCAUCAGAUCGAUAAAGAAGAACAGUACCCAUCCGUUGAGAUCCUUUCCGCCUUUAGUACACCCGAGGAUGUUAUACCUCUCAACUCCAUUGGUACUUAUAGUUUUUGUGGAGCUGCAACAGGGAAAAGGAAGCUUGAGCCAGAAGAAAACCUUCAUAAGGAAAAUUUGUACUCCAAGCACAUGCGCAUAGACGAAACAGAUCCUGGUAAUGCAGAAACAUCAUUUGAAACCAACAACGAUGUUGAGAAGUUUGGAUCCAACAUUUCGCAUAUAGGGCAGUACUCGGAAAUAGCAGAGAAAUCAGUGGAAAGAUUUGUCUCAGCUAUAUCAUCUUUUAGAUACUCUGGUCCUGGCUCUCGUGCUAGUGGUCUGCGUGCACCUCUCAAAGACAUCCGCAACACUUGUCCGUCCAAAGGGUUAUCUUCUAAACUGGACUUCAGCAAGUUUGGCUAUGCAUCAAGCAGCGCAACAAAAUCAAGGCGAUUGUGAGUUCAGUUUUGUAAGUUAACCAAAUGUGAGCGAUUUUAGCAGAAGCAAAGGCUUUUGCUGCGGAAACUUCUUGGUUGCAUUACAUUGUUGUUGUUUUGGUGAUUGUAUUGUAUGAGUAUCUCAUAGCUUUCCAUUGUGCAGACCAUUCUUGUUCAUAGAUUCUUUACCCAACAAAUUGAUCCAUAAGUUGGGGGAAAAAGUUAUC